UAUUGUCAGAAAAAUUUGUUGUAUAUUAAAGUUUCGACAUAUAAAAUCUAUAAAUCGAACAGAAUAUUGAGUUAUGGAUAGAAACUUCAGCAAAGCCUAGCAAAAAUAUAUGCACCAUCUUACAAUUGUUAGCAUUUUUGUAGUAGUAGAAAUCCAGACCAGAUGUCUGAAAAUUCGGCCGUAAUCCAGGUAAUGCAGGCCGUCGGCGGCGGAAUUGCCGGAGCUGCCACACGCACCAUAACGCAGCCGCUGGACGUGCUAAAGAUUCGCUUCCAGAUGCAGGUGGAGCCGGUCACGCACCACAAGGGCUCCAAGUACCGUGGCGUGAUCCACGCCAUGCGGUCUGUGUACGCCGAGGAGGGGAUGCGCGGCAUGUUCCGGGGGCACAACUCGGGUCAGGUGUUGAGCAUUUGCUACGCCCUGGUGCAGUUUUGGUCCUACGAGCAGCUUCGCUCCAGGGCCCACCAUUCUCCCUUCUGGAUAGAGCGUCCGUUCCUCAUGUUCUUUGUCUGCGGCGGAUUGGCCGGAUGCCUGGGAGGCCUGGUCACCCAGCCCUUGGAUGUGGUACGCACGCAAAUAGUGGCCGCCGAUCCCUCCUCGCAUCGCAGUCGGAUGAGCACGAUGCAUGGACUGCGAAGGGUGUACAGGUUGGAGGGCUGGGCGGGCCUUUUCCGGGGAUUGCCGUUCACGCUGGUGCAGAUCUUCCCGCUGGUGGGCGGCAACUUUGUCAUAUAUAAGUACCUCAACGCCCUGGUACUGAUGGCCCAGCCGCCCGAGCAGCGGCUGGAGAUCCACAGCGGCUUCCUCUUGCUCAACGGAGCCCUGUCCGGAGUGGUUUCCAAGAUGCUCGUCUAUCCGGCUGACCUGCUCAAGAAGCGCAUGCAGUUGGUGGCCUUUAAGCACGACAGGAAGAGCUUUGGCCGAAACCCCGACUGCCCCACACUGCUGGGGUGCAUUGUCACCACGUUUCGGGAGGAGGGACUGGGCGGCUUCUUCAAGGGCAUGUCGCCCACCCUGCUCAAGGCCGGACUGACCAGCGCCGUUUACUUCACCAUCUACGACAUAUUCAAGCGGCACUGCAUCGCCCCCAUGAGGGAAGCCGACAAGGCGCGGUCAAAACUUGGGAAGUAGUGGUCAUAAUAUAGUUAAUCAGCAUCAGCGUGAGGAUGUGUGGAAUAUGGAUGAGCGAAUCGAGCGAGUCGUAUAUAAGUUAAGAGUCCCGUGUAUGGAGUGAACUGAAGGGCGUAAGCAUUGAGCAG